UGUGUGUGUGUGUGUGUGUGUGUGUGUGUGUGUGUGUGUGUGUGUGUGUGUGUGUGUGUGUGUGUGUGUGUGGUGCCUUGUCUGGGCCAUGAUUAUGUACAGGUGGACAUAUAAAUAGAUAGAGAUUAUUAUUAUUACCGACUCCUAAAUAUAUAGAUAGAUAGAUACAUGGAUAGACAAAAAUUAUCAUCACUCUUAUUAAUGGUGACACUUCACACAGGCCCCAGAGAACAGAUCAACCAAGUGACAUCCUUCAUUGAUGGGUCGGUAAUCUACGGGUCCAGCAAGGAGGAGAGUGACGAGCUGCGUGCCUUCUCUGGCGGCCUCCUCAAGGUGCAGCGCGGCCCGGCAAACACCCAGAUCCUCAUGGCCGACACCAACCAGAUUGACUGCAAGACCUCAGGAAGAUUCAAGAGGAGAAGGUGAAAGAGCGUCCCAUCACAGACACCUUCUAUGCUCCCUUCGACCUUUACGAGCCCAACAAGUUUGACCAGGUUUGACCAGUAACCUGUUUUUCUUUUUUUUGUUCCCCUACACACACACACACACACACACACACACACACACACACACACACACACUGCUGCUUAUUAUGGGCACAGUCAAAUCAAUGUGAUGGUGGUAAAGUUCCUUCCCUGUGUCUGUACUGGUUACUUGCCCUGUGCUGUUGUCUGUUGCAGGGAGUCUGUGCAAUCUGGGACUCCAGAAAAAGAGAAAGUAAUGAUCAUUUUCCUGAUAUAAUUUCUUGUAAGUAGUGAAUUGUUUGUUAGGUAUGGCCUGCUUAGGUUACUGUAGUUUUGUCUUAUGCAGUCAGUCAUGCAUCCUUGAAAAUGAAUGUGGAAAUAUACAAAUCUUUUCAAAUUUUGAUAGAUUUAUGAGUUUUAUGAUGUGAAAAUGCAUUACAAUCUUAUCUAGCAAGGUUGACUGGUUAAGCUGAAUCUACAGUAACCUAACAUAACAAAAUCUUUCUCUGUACAGAAAAUUGUAUCAGAAAUAUGCUUAUUGAAAUUUUUUUUUAUUUUCUUGCAUUUUUGUUGCUCUUAAAUAAACAAAAUAAAGUAAAUAGAUAAAACCACUAAGAAUUUUGUGGUAUCCCUGACUACAGACACUCCCAUUAACUCUUGCACAGAUAUAUGGUGCCAUUCACAACACUAAAGGCAAUGCAUAGAAUAUUUUAGAGCACCUACAGGAAAGAA